CAUACCCAUUGGAAAACUCGGGAUCCCGUCCGCUCUCCCUUAGACAAGCCAAUGAGGGCUGGAUUAGUAGUUGGGUCGGUGACGACCAGCGAACUCCCGGUGUUGUAUGUUUUUGCGGUUUUGCCAUGGAUAUCGGAAUCUCUUAAAGCAUUAAUGAACGCCAACCAAGGCAAUGAAUCAACCAUUUGUCAGUCGCCCACAAUUUCCCCGUACGGUCACUUCCGAACGUCUUAUUAUAGGCUCUUGCUUCGCGAUUGUCCCCUAUUCCUCUAGGUAUCAGUUCGAUCGUGGUCCUGUAGUACAUAAUCUUACGUUUUAUUGUCUUAUGGUCGCGUAGAUUUGAGGGCUAUUGCCGUUGCUGUGCGUAUCGAAUCAUUCAUUUCCGUCACCGGAUUGCCGUCGAGAUUCGAAAAGACCUUUGGCGAACGGGAUUGAAAGGGAGUACCAGACAUUUCGAGUCGCUGCUUGAAAGGAAGCAUAUUUUGGAAGGUUGACCAGCAAACGCCUCUAAAAAAACGAUGAUCGGAUAUUUACCGUUAAGAGAUGGCGGUUAUCUAGAAGUUCUAGUGACUGCCUGUUGCAAGUUUAGAGGGGAGAAGAGCAGUAUGACCGGUAUGGAGGCGCAAUAUACUAGGG